CUGGGGCCCGGCGGCGGAAACGGCGAGGCGCUGCGCGCCGGAAGACGGAAGCGGAGGAUGGCGGCGGGUGCGGGCGGGCUGCUGUCGGCGGCGCUGCUGCUGUUGGCGGUGGCCGGGCCGCGCCCGGCGCCUGCCGAGCUCACGGACGGCAACAGCGAGCACCUCAAGCGGGAGCACUCGCUGAUGAAGCCGUACCAGGGCGCGGGCUCCGCCGCCAUGCCGCUGUGGGACUUCCAGGGCAGCACCAUGGUGACCAGCCAAUACGUCCGCCUGACGCCCGACGAGCGGAGCAGGGAGGGCUCCAUCUGGAACCGCGUGCCCUGCUUCCUCAAGGACUGGGAGCUUCAUGUCCACUUCAGAAUUCACGGAGCCGGCAAGAAGAACCUCCACGGGGACGGCCUCGCCCUGUGGUACACGCAGGAGCGCUUGAUGCCAGGCCCUGUCUUUGGCAGCAAGGAUAACUUUCAUGGAUUGGCUAUUUUCCUGGAUACGUAUCCCAACGACGAAGCAACAGAGCGUGUCUUCCCAUACAUCUCUGCUAUGGUGAAUAAUGGCUCGCUGACUUACGACCAUAGUAAGGACGGGCGCUGGACGGAGCUGGCAGGAUGCACUGCUGACCUUCGGAACCAGAACCACGACACUUUUCUGGCAAUUCGCUACUCCAGAGGUCGGCUGACGGUGAUGACAGAUGUGGAAGACAAGAAUGAAUGGAAGAACUGCAUUGACAUUGCAGGAGUCCAACUGCCUAUUGGGUACUUCUUUGGGGCUUCUGCUGGCACUGGUGACUUGUCUGACAAUCAUGACAUUAUCUCGAUGAAGCUAUUCCAGCUCAUGGUGGAGCACCCUCCAGAAGAUGAGAACAUUGACUGGACCAAGGUUGAGCCUAGUGUCAGCCUCCUUAAGUCACCCAAAGAUAAUGUGGAUGACCCAACAGGAAAUUUCCGAAGUGGGCCUCUGACUGGAUGGAAGGUGUUCCUGCUCCUGCUCUGUGCGCUGCUGGGCAUCAUUGUGUGUGCUGUGGUGGGAGCCGUAGUCUUCCAGAAACGCCAGGAGCGGAACAAGCGUUUUUACUAGUGGAAGAACUGGGCUGUCGCCUAUGCCCAAACUGAUUUUUUUUUCUAGAGGGAGCUGUAAAAACUGGUUUCUAAAAGCUGUUUCUGAGAAAUAUCAGAAGUAUUUUCUUAUCUGUCCAUUCUGCCAUAACUCCUGCCAGAUGCUCGGCGUUCAACGGGCUGGACUGAGGGGAGCAACUCCUGCGGGGGCCUGUGUCUCCUGUGGCCAUGCCCUUUGCCCCCAGGCUGGAGUGUGGGAGCCUGGAGGCAGCGUGGAGAUGCUGUGCCCGUCGCUCCUGCUGCCUGUGGGGGGGGUGGGGGUCCCUGGGGCAGACGCGACCUGCCGUGCUGCUGGGGAGGGGGGGCUAGCGGCAGUGGGCAUGAAUGUAAGCGGGCUGUGUGGGGCCCUGCAGGUGUGUAGGGCUGGGGCUGUGACUGGGCCAUUAAAGGACUGACACCGCC